CACGUCUAUAGUCAUUGUCAAGACAUUUGACAUUUAAUUUUGCAUUAGCAAAACAAUCGGCAAAUUUACAAAUUCAGAAGGAAACUCCAAGUGAACUGUAAUAGUCUUAUUUAUUACAUUAAGUGAACUGAAUUAAUGUAGAUAUCUACUAUCUGUAGGUAAUAUACAACACGUACCACGUUGGGGACAAGCCAUGCACAAAAAACCCAUAUCUUUUGGCAAAAUUAGCCUCAAAGCAAGCAAAACAGAUGAAAACACGGACAAAAAUGAGGCAAACACAUCAGGUUUUGGUACAUUUGGCCGAACACCUAUCCAGGAACACAAAGAAAUCGAGGAAAUAGCUGAAGAUUUGGAAAAUCAACAUGUACAGCAAGUGAUGGGAAUAAAGAACUUUGGUAAAAAAGCUAAAAACUUUGACCUCGUCGAAUUAGUGGAACAGGCAAAGGUAAACGCUCAGGAAGCCAAUAAAAGGAGGUUAGAAGCUGAAGCUUCUAAGCCUAAAGAACCAGAGACAAAAAAAGAUGAAGAAAGUGGUGAUGACUUGAUUGGGCCUCCAUUACCUCCUGGGAUGUCACAGAAGGAUGAUGACGAUGAUGAUGAUGAUCUCAUAGGCCCACCAAUACCACCAGAUCUGAACAAGGAUGAUAAAAAGAAGGGUAAAGGUGAUGGCGAUGGAGACAGCUAUGAUGAGCUGAGUGGGUCUGAUGAUGAGGAUUUGCCUUUGGAGAAGAGGAUACCAAAUAGUCAUGAGGUGGAAAUGCUUCAUGGCACGAAAGCAGUCGUGGCGCUGGCGGCAGACCCCUCGGGUGCUAGACUGGCGACAGGAUCAAUAGACUAUGAUGUUAGCUUUUGGGAUUUUGCUGGUAUGGACUCAGGAAUGCGGUCAUUCCGCACCCUACAACCGUGUGAGAACCACCCCAUCAAGGCACUACAGUACUCCAACACAGGAGACUCCAUAUUAGUGGUCAGCGGUGCUGCUCAAGCCAAGGUGCUGGACAGAGAUGGCUUUGAGGUCCUGGAGUGUGUGAAGGGAGAUCAGUACAUUACAGAUAUGGCUAAAACAAAAGGCCACACAGCAGCUCUGAACAGCGGUUGCUGGCAUCCACACAUCCGCGAGGAAUUCAUGACAUGUUCCCAAGACGGUACACUUCGACUCUGGCUCACUGAGAACCCCAAGCAGCACAAAGCCGUCAUAAAACCCAGACAGCAAGGAGGUCUGAAAACCAACCCAACUGCUUGUACCUUCUCCAGAGACGGAAACACAGUCGCCUGCGCGUGCUACGACGGGUCCAUCCAAAUGUGGGACCAUAGGAAGAACUUCGUCAACACAACAGCCUGCGUCAGAGACUGCCAUCAAAAACAGUCAGAAAUAUCCAGCAUAUCCUACUCUUACCUCGGUUCCUACCUAGCCAGCAGAGGCAACGAUGAUACCCUCAAAAUUUGGGACCUCAGGAACUUCAGAAAACCUGUCCACGUUUUUGGAGAUCUCUUCUCGAGGUAUGAGCAAACUGACUGCGCUUUCAGUCCAGAUGAUACUCUGGUGUUCACUGGAGAGUCUCUAAAGAGGGGUCAGGAUAUUGGCAAACUAAUAUUCUACAAUACAAAGACGUUUGAGCAAGUUUCCCAUAUAGAUGUGACGAAAUCUCACGUCAUUAAAGCCAUUUGGCACGCGAAAUUGAACCAAAUUUUUGUCGGUUGCGGUAAUGGUGUUGUGAAGUGCUAUUUUGAUCAGAAAAGAAGUUUACGCGGUGCGAAGCUCUGCAUAGUAAAGACGCAUAGGAAAAAGCAUUCCGUUGAAGUUGUGAGCGCUCAGCAAAUUAUUACUCCACACGCUUUGCCCUUGUUCAGACAAGAGAAGUUACGGACAAGUAAAAAGAAGAUGGAGAAAGAUCGACUGGACCCAGUCAAGUCACAUCGACCUGAUUUACCUAUCACAUCAGGUCAAGGUGGUAGGGUAGCCGCUUCAGGCAGCACCCUAAGCUCCUUCGUCAUCAGGAACUUAGGUCUAAGCAAGAGGGUUGAUGAUGAACAGGAUCCAAGAGAAGCCAUCUUGAAGUAUGCGAAGGAAGCUGAAGAGAAUCCGUUCUGGGUGGCUCCAGCGUAUAAGAAAACACAACCACAGCCAAUAUUCCAGGCUGGAAAUGAGGAGGAAGGGCCUUCUGAUCCGAAGAAGCCAAAGACGUCGUAAUUUUAGACUUGUCAGGCAGUAAUUAAAGUUGGCAAUCUGAUAGACACUUGAAAAUGUUUGCCCAUACUUCUGAAGGCGACGUCUAGUAGAAUCGUUACAUAAAUAAAAUAUAUCAUCAACCUAAACUACCAUUAAAGUUCAUAUAACUUCCUUCUUGACACAUUACAAAUCAUUAGUUUCCAACUAGUCAAAUUCAAUACAUUAAUUUUAU